AUGCGCAGCCCCGUCAUCGCCUUCGGUAUCUUUGCCGCUGCCACCGUAGUCUCUUCUGCCCCCACCUCUCCCAACAUCGGAGGUGGCACCAUGAUCCCUCACGGUGUCUCGGGCAAUGUUGCGAACACCAUCCCUCCGGUUGCGUUGAAACGGGACGACAUCGGCGACGUCGUCCCUGCUCCCACUGUCGACGGCCGCAAUCAUCGCUCUACGCACAAACAUCCCAAGCGCGCCUUGAAUUCCGACACCGCAGGUGGUAAUGCGUACUCUGGAGGCUCCAGCAGCUCCAGCGGUGGAUCAGUCAUCAACAACAGCGAGAAUGACCCCGAUGACGACAUCACCAACGAUACAUCCAACGCUGCCGGUAUCGCUGGUACCUCCGUCUCCGGUGACGCCGUAGGUGGCCGCGGCCGCAACCAUGGCCCCGGUGGUAAUGCCUACACUGGCGGCACGGGCAACGCUAAUGGCGGAGCCGUCGUGAAUGAUGGAGGCGCCAUUGCCAGUGCGGGAGGCUCCAACGUCGGCGGUGAGGGCAAUGCCUCUACUAGUGGCGACGCAAUCGGCGGUGACGCGAAGCGCAAGCGUGCCACGGACGACCAAACAGCUGGCGGUAAUGCCUACACCGGUGCUUCUGGAGACACUGGCAGCGGCAAUAUCAUUAACGAGGCUGACGACGACGCGACUAUCACGAACGCGGGAUUAAGCAACACCGGAGAUGUUGCUGGCACAUCGACUAGUGGUGACGCUAUCGGUGGUGAAGGAGACAACAAGGGUCCGGGUGGUAACGCCUACUCUGGCUCCGCCGGCCCGACGCGUGGUGGUACCGUCGAGAACGAGGGCGGCUCCGUCGACAACGCCGGCAUGUCGAACGCGGGCGGGAAUGGCAGCGACUCUGUGAGCGGUGAUGCUCUGGGUGGUGAUGCACGCCGCUGAGCUGUCGAUAGGUCGCGACUCGGAGAUUAUAUACACGCAUUACUCCUAAUAAACAUUCGUUCAGUCUUUGG